AUGGAGCGGGAGGCGGCGGGCGGCGCGGCGGAGCUGCUGGCGGCGGCGCAGGCGCAGCUGGCGGCGCGGCGGCUGGCGGCGGCGGAGGAGCUGUACAGCCGCUUCAUCGCCCGGUGCGCGGGGCGCGCCGACCGCGACCUCGCCACCGCCCUCAACAACCGGGGCCAGAUCAAGUACUUUCGGGUGGAGUUCGCCGCUGCCAUGGAGGACUACACGGCCGCCAUCGAGUGCCAGCCCGGCUUCGAGGUGCCCUACUACAACCGGGGCCUGGUGCUCUACCGGCUGGGAUGCUUUGAUGAAGCCAUGAAAGAUUUCAGGAAAGUGUUAGAGUUAAACCCCAAGUUUGAAGAUGCUGCAUUGAGUCUAAAACAGGCUAUUCUUGAUAAAGAAGAAAAACAAAAGCGGGGUUAUUGAAAAUGCAGCUAGUGGUGUGAAAAUGUUCUGCUAAACACCUACAUGAUUUUUGUCAUUGGUGGAUGAAAUACAAGAUCUGUUAUGACCUACUGAAGAAACCUAAUUCUUGGGUAAAUAAUUUAAAAAUGGAUUAUGAUUGCAAAAUAAACUAUUUUUGGAUAUUGUUAGUGUUGAGGGAAAGCGUAAUGUUAGAUCUGUGUGAGAUACUUGUACAGAUUUUUUUACAGAAGUACUUCAUAAAGAUGUUGGAAGCUCAGUAACAACUAAUGAAGUCUGUAGUUCUCUUAUUAAAACUGUGGUUUUGUACUCUUUCAUAGAUUGUUUUGAACAGUCAUGAGGAAGAAGAAUCAAACUAUAAAACAUUUAAAUACUUAAGAUUGGAUUAUGAGAAGUACAGUGAUUUAAUAAUAGUUUAUGCACAUCUAAAUGUAAAUUUGAUUUAAGCUAGAAGUGCAAUUGUUAAUUAUAAGGUGUUGUCCUUGAGAAGCUGUGGUAACUAAUUUUCUUUUCAGUUCAGAGUGUUUCUGUGUUAAGAAACACUUAACAAAAACAGUAAGAUCUUUUUAGGUAACACCAUCUGUACCUUGCAGGAGGAAUGUGGUAUAAGCAUUUAGUUCGUCAUAAGUUCAUUCACUCCUAGAGGUAGUUUUACGUUAUGUAAACAGGUAGGAACAGAGCAUACCUAUUUUUUGUAAUCCCGUUGUAAAAGUAUUAGAUUAAUAAUUGAAUGAAUAAAAAUGAACGUGUCCUUUUUAUCUCAUGAUUGUCUGUGAAGAGCUUAUGGUAGAGAUUGUACUUGGGCUAUUCACAGUAGGAAUUGUGGCUUUCUCCUUUUCAUUGAAAAGGUCAAUUGCUUGAAAAAUAUAAUGUGAAAUCUAUCUGAUUGAACUGGCUGCGAAGACGCAGGCAGCUUCAUUUCUCACAUGAUAGGAGGUACCAUUGCUGAAAUGUAUAAAUCAUCAAUAAGAAACACCUUUGCAUGUUCAUAGCAAUACAAGUUCUAAUAAAAGAAAUACUCUUUGAUUGCCUGCGUGAGCAUUAGGAUUUUUUUU